GAAAGCCUGACUCAGGCAGCUGCCACUAUUAAAUCAGCCCCAGCCCUGCGCACUUCCCUGCCGGAGGGAGCACCACCACGGAGAUGAAGCUAGCCAACUGGUACUGGCUCGGCUCAGCUGUCUUCGCUGCAUCUGGCUUUUUGGUUGUGGCAAACAAUGAAACGGAGGAAAUUAAAGAUGAAAGAGCAAAGGAGUCCUGCCCGGUGAGACUAGAAAGCAGAGGGAAAUGCAAUGAGGAGGGAGGAGAGUGCCCGUUCCAGGUGAGCCUGCCGCCCUUGACCAUUCAGCUCCCUAAGCAGUUCAAAAAAAAAAAAGAAGUUCAGAACCUCAAGGAAAUCGUAAGUCAUCUAAAGAAAUCUUGCCAAGACUGCAAACUACAGGCUGAUGACAACCGUGAUGCAGACAGAAGUGAUCAGCUGUUACCUAGCACAGGAGUCCCGGGACAGGCUGAUGACAACAGAGUGAGAGAGUUAGAAAGCGAGGUUAACAAGCUGUCCUCUGAACUAAAAAGUGCAAAAGGGGAGAUCAACGUACUGCAAGGUCGCCUGGAGAAGCUGAAUCUUGUGAAUAUGAACAACAUAGAAAAUUAUGUUGAUAACAAGGUGGCCAAUCUAACAUUUGUUGUCAAUAGUUUGGAUGGCAAAUGUUCUUCCAAGUGUCCCAGCCAAGAACAAAUACAGUCACCCCUGGUUCAACAUCUAAUAUAUAAAGAUUGUUCUGACUACUACGCAAUAGGCAAAAGAAGCAGUGAGAUCUACAGAGUUACACCUGAUCCCAAAAAUAGUAGCUUUGACGUUUUCUGUGACAUGGAGACCAUGGGGGGAGGCUGGACUGUACUGCAGACACGUCUCGAUGGAAGCAUCAACUUCAACAGAACAUGGCAAGACUACAAAGCAGGCUUCGGGAACCUAAGAAGAGAAUUUUGGCUGGGGAAUGACAAAAUUCAUCUUCUGACCAAGAGUACAGAUAUGAUUCUGAGGAUAGAUCUCGAAGACUUUGAUGGUGUCAAACUGUAUGCCUUGUAUGAUCAGUUUUACGUGGCUAACGAGUUUCUCAAAUACCGUGUGCACAUAGGUAACUAUAACGGCACUGCUGGAGAUGCCUUGCAUUUCAGUAAACAUUACAACCACAAUCUGAAGUUUUUCACCACUCCAGAUAGAGACAAUGAUCGAUAUCCCUCUGGGAAUUGUGGGCACUACUACAGUUCUGGCUGGUGGUUUGAUGCAUGUCUUUCUGCAAACUUAAAUGGUAAAUAUUAUCACCAAAAAUACAGAGGCAUCCGUAAUGGGAUUUUCUGGGGCACCUGGCCUGGUAUGAGUGAGGGACACCCUGGUGGCUAUAGGUCCUCCUUCAAAGAGGCCAAAAUGAUGAUUAGACCCAAGCACUUUAAGCCAUGAAUUGUUAGUGCUCAUUCCUCCAGGUAUUCAUUAUCUAAUAGAGCAAUUAAUUCCUUCAGCACUUUGGAAUAUGCCUUGUUUCACGUUCCUUUUCCAUGACUAAAAAGUGAUCUCUGAGUAGUAGGUUCUUAUGCUAUACAGUGUUUGAAAUAAAGCUGAAAAAUAUGCAUUUUAAAGAACUCCUUUGUUGCUGUUAUGCUGUUAUCUAGUGAAUGCUUGCAAGCAAUUGGGAUUAGAGAGAAUUAUAUAUUAGAUUUAUGGUUCUUUACAUUUCUGUUAACUGAAAAAUUUUCUAUUACUCACAUUACUUGUACCAAUUUAAAAAAAUCAUUUACUCAGUAGGCUAGAUUCUACUUCUGUAUUUUGUGAUGUAAGCAUAUCUGAACGUAUAUCACUCUUUUUGGCAACAGUUAUUUGAAUAUUUCUCUAUAACUAUUGUUAUCACUAUUCUUUUAUAAACUUACUUGAUUUCUGGCAUUUACUUUGUAUUAAAAAGGCCCUAUUAUUACAUUUUAGUUCCCAGACAAAAGGAAAUCAUCUAUUUAAUUAAACUUGUUCAUGCAAUAUUAAUGAAAUGUAAAAUAUUUAUCAUUUAAAAUAUUUUAAAAUGUGGUUGUAUAAUGUCACCCCAAAAAUAUUCAAAAUAUGUAAUUUUAAAGACCAUGGUUUAAAGGUAACUCAUUUAUAGUUUAAAGCUCUUUAGCUAUUGGAUGGUAAAAAGUACUUUAACAUAAAAUGAUCUUCCUCUGCUCUGUAUGGUAAUAAUUUUAAAUUUUAGAUUGUUCAUACUGUGCUAGACUACUGGUAUGCUUUCUUUCUAGGGGGUAGGGUGGGAUGGGAAAUGAAGAAUUUAUUUUUAGGUUGUUAUAUUCUGAAGGCCAAUUUCAUAUUCAAAGCAAUAAUAUCAUUAAGCUAUUCACUUCAUAGAAAAUUAGUUUUCUAUGACAAAUUUAUUUAUUAAAUACAUAUGAAUUUUAAAGUGUAUAAAAUAGUUCAAAUAUUAUAUAUUUCAACCCUAACUGGUGGAUUGCUUAUUUUACUAUCAGAAAUUUAAAGAGGUGUUUAUUUUUUUAACUAAAAAAACAAUCUGGAAAUUUUAUAAUCCAUUAACUUUGGAAUGCUAAACAUAUUAAAAAGAUUAUUAAAAAAAACUGUCUCAUUUAAU